AUGUCUCGGGAGGCCUCUCAUGGAAGAGGCUUGGAUCAACCGCUACCAGAAGCAGCUGGCGAGGUCCAUCUCACCGCAGUUCCUGGAGGAGAUCAUGUGCUACCUGCGGAAGCUGGAGCUCCUCACRGCGGCGGAGGCCAACCGUGUGCGGGAGGUGAGCUCCGUGCCGGAGCAGAACCAAUGGUGCAGAAGCACCUGGAGAGCCUCCAGRAUUACUAUGGGAACGGUCUAGAGACAGGGCCCCCGCAGCGACUCACAAACCUCCUGCUAGUGGAGGGCUUGACAGAUAUCCAGCAGAAGGAGCACGACAUCCUGCAGAUCGAAGUCACUAAAGGCCUAAGGAACGCGUCCAAAASCAUCCCUCUGGAGAAGCUCUUCCUGCCUCUCUCCAAGGUCAGCAUCCCCCCUCGGAUCUCCAUGACGGUGGGGGUGGCCGGCAUCGGCAAGAGCACAUUGGUGAAGCUCUUCGUCUACACCUGGGCAAAGGGCGAGAUCAACAGGGACAUCCUUUUUGUGCUGCCUCUCACCUUCCGGGAGCUCAACACCUAUGAGAAACUGUCCGCCGAGAGGCUCAUCCGCUGCGCGUUCCCCCACAUCACGGAGCCCAACUGCAUCUCCGCGGGCACUGCCAGGACGCUGCUCAUCCUGGACGGCCUGGAUGAGUUCAAGACUCCCCUGGAUUUUGCCAACACAGUAGUCUGCACUGAUCCUAAGAAGGAGAUUCAAGUGGACAAUUUGAUCACCAACAUUAUACGGGGCAACCUGCUACAGGAGGCUUCCGUCUGGGUCACUUCGAGGCCAACAGCGGCCAGGCAAAUCCCCGGGGGGCUUGUCGACCGCAUGACAGAAAUAAGAGGCUUCAGAGCUACAGAGAUGAAAGACUUUUUGGACCAGAUGUUCCUGGACAACAGAGACUUAUCCAGUCAAGUCCUGCACCACAUCAAAGCUAAUAGAUCUUUACACAUCUUGUGUACAGUUCCUGGCUUUUGCUGGAUUUCUGGCUCUUCCAUAGGUUAUUAUCUAAAAAACAGGACUGAGCAAUCCCAAGAAAUGACAGUUGUUCCUAAGACCUUAUCAGAAAUCUAUUCCUACUAUUUUAAAAUGGCUUUGAGCAGUGACUGGCCAGAAAAGCAGAGAGAGACACUUAGGAUAGAGCAAGCUAUGAACAACAGCAAGAAAAUCAUGGGUAGCCUGGGCAGACUGGCCUUCUACAGCCUGCUCAAAAGGAAGUAUGUGUUUUAUGAACAGGACAUGAAGACUUAUGGCAUAGACCUUUCCCUGCUGCAGAGCAGCUUGUGCAGCAGACUGCUGCUCAAGGAGGAGAUGCAGUCCUUCACAGCUUAUUAUUUCUCCCACUUGACCAUUCAGGAGUUUUUAGCUGCCAUUUACUAUUACACGGCUGCCAAGCGGGCAAUAUUUGACCUCUUCACGGAGAGCGGCAUGUCCUGGCCCAAGCUGGGCUUCCUCAAUCACUUCAAGAACGCUGUUCAGAGGUCCCUGCAGGCGGAGGACGGGCAGCUUGAUAUCUUUGUGCGCUUCCUCUGCGGGCUUCUCUCCCCGCAGGUUAACAAGCUGCUCUCGGGGUGGCUCCUGGCAAAGGACGAGCACAACAGCUUCAGGAGCCCAGCAAUCAGCUUCCUCCAGGGCUGCCUCAACACAGACUAUGUCAUCUCCUCAAGGACAGUGAACAUCAUGCAGUGCCUGUAUGAAAUGCAGCACAUGGAGAUCGCUAAAACAGUGGAGGAAGCCAUGAAGAACGAGAGUUUGUCCGGGAUGCUCACGCCAGUGAACUGCUCUGCCUUGGCCUAUCUCCUGCAGGUCUCCGAUGUCUGCGUGGAGGAGACCAACCUCUCCAACUGCCUCACUUAUAAUGUCUGCAAGAGUUUGCUCCCCCAGCUCCUCUUCUGCCACAACCUCAGGCUGGACAACAACCACUUUAAGGACAACGUGAUGGAGCUGCUGGGCAGCAUGCUGAGUGUGAAGGACUGUCAGAUCCAGAAGCUGAGUUUGGCAGAAAACCAGAUCAGCGAUAAGGGAGCCAAAGCACUGGCCAGGUCGCUGAUGGUCAACAGGAGCCUGAUGGCACUGGACCUGCGAAGCAACUCCAUCGGUCCCAAGGGAGCAAAAGCACUGGCUGAUGCACUGAAAAAAAAUCAAGUCCUGCUCUCUCUGAACCUGCAGCACAAUGCCAUAAAGGAGGAAGGCGCCGUGUUCCUGGCUGAGGCCCUCUUAACCAACCACAGGCUGACGACCUUGCACCUGCAGAAAAACUCCAUCGGAACCCACGGUGCCAGGAAAAUCGCAGAGGCGCUGAAGCAGAACUGCAGCCUCAAGGAGCUCAUACUCUCCAGCAACUCCGUAGGAGACAGCGGCUCUGCUGCCCUGGCUGAAGCGCUGACGGUGAAUCACAGUCUGCAGAGCCUCGAUCUCCAGAGCAAUUCCAUCAGCAAUGCCGGGGUCACCGCGCUGACGUGGGCGCUCUGCUCCAACAAGGGACUCGCCAACCUCAACCUGCGGGAGAACUCCAUUGGGAAAGAGGGGGGCCCUGCCAUCGCCCGAGCCCUGCGGACCAACAGCACCCUCAAGAAGCUGGACUUAGCAGCAAACCUGCUGCAUGACGAAGGYGGCAAGGCCAUCGCUUCAGCCAUGAAGGAAAACCGGGCGCUCACGUCACUCCACCUGCAGUGGAAUUUCAUUCAGGCAAAAGCCGCCACAGCCCUGGCACAAGCACUACAGUCCAACAGCAGCCUGACCAGCCUCGACUUGCAGGAGAACGCCAUCGGUGAYGAAGGAAUGGCGGCUCUGUCUGCUGCACUCAAGGUCAACACAACCCUGGCAGAUCUCCACCUUCAGGCAGCUUCAGUUGGCACAGUUGGAGCCCAAGCUUUGGCAGAGGCCUUGAUGGUCAACAAGAGCCUGCAGAACCUGGACUUGAGGGGAAACUCCAUUGACGUGACAGGGGCCAAAGCAAUGGCCAACGCACUGAAGGUCAACCGCAGCCUCCGCAGGCUCAACCUGCAGGAGAACUCCCUGGGCAUGGAUGGAGCCAUCUGCAUCGCCACRGCUCUGAAGGGAAACCACGGCCUCACCUACGUGAACCUGCAGGGGAACCGCAUUGGCCAGUCAGGAGCGAAGAUGAUCUCAGAUGCCAUUCGAACCAACUCACCUGACUGUGUUGUGGAGGUGUGA